AUGCUGUACGAUUAUCCAUUCGCACCAGACCUUGCCGUACGACUUGAAUGCAAAGAUUGCAAGAAUCAGCAGCCCAACAUCGUCGAGGACCUACACACCGGGGAUUGUAUCUGUGGAGACUGUGGCCUAGUUCUGGAAGCGCGCAGAGUCGACACUUCCGUGGAAUGGAGGACGUUUGCGGACGACGACUACUCGACAAACCAGUCGCGCGUCGGAGAUCUAUAUGAUGUCACCGCUGGCGCUACAGUCGACUAUGGCACAUUCAUCGAUGGCGACCACGGUUCUAGCAUUGCGAAGAGUCUGCAGCAUACGGCCAUCAAGACUCUCUCCCCGGAACAGCGCAAGCGAGAUUCUGCCUUUGGGAGAAUCCAACAUUGGUGCGAUAUUCUAGACCUUCCUUUUACCGUCAGCACAUCAGCGCGGCGACUGUGGUCAUCCAUCCAAAAUCAGACCAAGGGCGCAAACAAAGAACCAAUCUACGCGGCAUGUAUCUUUGUCGCCUGCCAAUCGAAUGGCGCCCCUCGCACGUACGCUGAAAUCACCAACAAGAUGUCCAUCAAGGAGAAGAGUCUCAAUCGAUGGGUCAAAGUUCUGAAGAAGCAGUCCCUUUCCACGAGUUCAUCUAACACAACCAACCCGGAAGCUAUCCUCCCUCGCGCCUGCACCCAACUAAACCUCUCUCAGGUGAUCGAAAUGCGCUGCAAAACUCUUAUUGCUAGAUACCGCGAGCUGGACCUCUCCGGGGAUCAUGCACGGAGUCCCCUCUCCAUUGCGGGCGGCGUGAUCUGCUUUGGAUCGUGCUUACUUGGCUCGUCGAAGGCUUUUACAGAUGUUGCUCUCGCUGUCGGUGUCACGCCUCGGACGGUGUCUGAUGUAUACAAUGUUUGUUUCAAAAGGAGAACUGAUCUGGUCCCUGCGGAAUGGAUCGAGAAUGGGACAGCGUCGUUUGCGCGCUUGCCGGGUCACAUCAUUGGCCAGAAGAGUGUCUCUGAACCUAAACCUAGGCGGGCAUAG